UCCCCUUCUCUUGGUGUGCCGGACUCCGUACUUCAGGGGUGUAAACCGAACUCCUGUGGGAGGCCAGGACGUGGGCUUUUCCCUGCACACCGCAGUGCUUAAUUGGCUCCCUCCAUUAUGGUGUUAGACCUUCCUUUGAAACACAGGGUGUCAGGCACGGCCGGAUUAGACGGGUUUGCUGGACCGGAUCAGGUCACUGGCACGUUACGUGCGCUUUGGGCCGGAAUUUCCUCCCUACUGGAACGGAAUCCAAGACAGAUGCUGAAUUUUCAGGCAGUGUAUUAAGGAGAAGCUGAAAUCUAGUGGAAUAAUGUUGGGAAACCCGCUCACCCUACAAACAACUCGGCUAAGGUGCCAAAUUGCUCCUGUAUUCUCCCUCCGCUCCUUUUCGUUUCUGGUUCUCUGGUUGUGGUCACUGCCUGAAAUGUCUUCACCUGAAGGCCCUGUCCGCUCAAGUCUCCCCGCUGUGACUUGCAACUUCAGAGACGCCUUCCCCGGCCCGUCUCAGCACCCGUCCGUAAGCUGAAGGCCUAGGACACAGCUGUGUCAAAGCUGAACAGAUCUUGUUAGGGGACUCCACAUGUUAAUUGCAAAGACGCCGGACCUCCCCUUACCUUGUCUCUCUCAAUUGCAAAAAGAGGCAUGAAUCCAGCUGUGCAGGAAAGGGCUGCCUUUGUGAACAGAUGCUGCCUCACGAAAGGGGGCGUCGAGCUCCCUCGGGCUGCAGGAGAGGGAGCACGGUCGUGGUUUGCCGUGAGACGCGCAGGAGCCGGUGGGGCGAUCUCCAGUGAGCUAGGCCCCUGUCUACUGGCACAGAGUUUGUAUUGGCAGAGCAACGAGCUCGGUCACCUGGGAAGAUGAGAAGACGUAUGGCCUGUUACCUGUUGGUCCUGUUGGCGACCGCGACCACAGGCUACCCCUCUCGACGAUCCGCUGUCGAUUUGGACGCGACCCCAAGGAUGACAGUCGCCUAUAAUGAGUUAUCCAAUGUCCGGCACUUCAGCAGCCGCGCCCUGAACUACACCACCCUGCUGCUGGAGGAUGAGAAGGGGAUCCUCUACGUGGGAGCGCGAGGGGCCAUAUUCUCCUUAAACUCCAGCAACAUUGCCGACGGCUCCCAGAGGGAGAUCCGGUGGGAGGCGUCUCUGGAGAAGCAGAUCGACUGCCUCCAGAAGGGCAAGAACAACAAGACCGAGUGCUUCAACCACAUCCGGCUCGUGCAGAGGCUGAAUGACACCCACCUGUAUGCCUGCGGCACCUACGCCUUCCACCCGCUGUGCGCGGCCAUCGAUGCCGACAGGUUCACGCUGCCGCCCCACUUGGAGGAGGGCAAGGAGAAGUGUCCGUACGACCCCACCCGCGGCUACACUGGCCUCAUCGUAGACGGCGGGUUGUACACGGCCACGCGGUACGAGUUCCGCAGCCUGCCCGACAUCAGGCGCAACCUGCAGCAGCGGCCCCUGAAGACGGAAGAGUCCCCCAUGCACUGGCUAAACGAUGCGGAGUUCGUGGCCUCUGUGCUGGUCCGGGAGAGUGUGCGCAGCCCAGUGGGGGACGAUGACAAGAUCUACUACUUCUUCAUGGAGCGGGCAGCGGAGGAGAGCGCCUCCUUCGACAAGAGCCAGGUGGCCAGGGUGGCCAGGGUGGCGCGGGUGUGCAAGAGCGACCUGGGAGGGAAGAAGAUCCUGCAGCGGAAAUGGACGUCGUUCAUGAAGGCCCGGCUGGUCUGCUACAUCCCCUACUACGAGGUGCUCAAGGCCAUGCACAGCGUGGACGGGGGCAGCUGGCCCAGCACCGUCUUCUACGCCACGUUCACCUUGUCGGCUCAGUGGAGGAGCAUGGAGGCAUCCGCCGUCUGCCAGUACAACAUCUCUGAGCUGCAGCGGGCUUUCGAGGGCCCCUACAUGCAAUACCAGGACACCACCCGCAAAUGGACCCUCUACGAUGGGGAGGUGCCGUCCCCACGGCCGGGCUCUUGCAUCACCAACCGCUCCCGCGAGGACGGCUACCGCUCCUCCCAGGACCUGCCCAACAGCGUGCUGGAGUUCGUCAAGCUGCACCCGCUGAUGUUCGAGGAGGUGAAGCCGGCGCGGGGGGAGCCCCUGCUGGUGAAGAAGAACGUGCUCUACACGGCCCUGGCGGUGGACAGGGCGCCGGCCCUGGACGGCCAGCAGUACGACGUGCUCUUCAUGGGGACGGGUGAUGGCUGGCUGCACAAGGGGGUGGUGAUCGGCUCCGCCGUACACAUCGUGGAGGAGCUGCAGGUCUUCGGGGCCCCCCAGCCCGUGGAAAGCCUGGUGAUCUCCAAAGGCCAGAGAAGCGUGUACGUGGGAGCUGCCAGUGGAGUCCUGCAGCUUCCCCUGUCCAGCUGUGCCAGGUACGGCUCCUGCUACGAUUGCAUCCUGGCCCGGGAACCCUACUGCGCCUGGGACGGCGAGGGCUGCAGGGAGGUGGCCAGUGCUGCGGACAGGACCCAGCUGACCCAGGACGUGCAGCACGGCAGAGAGGGCUGCAGGAACGGCUCUGCCCAGGUGCCCCCUGUGCAGAAGAACCGGACGGUGCUGCGGGGCGACGACGUGCUGCUGCCGUGCGAGCAGCGCUCCAAUCUGGCACGGGCCACGUGGCUGGUGAACGGCACGGCGGGGCUGGCGGCUGGGCGGGGCCACUUCCGAGUGGGGGUGGAUGGGCUGCUGGUGACAGACACCCUGCCCGAGCACAGCGGGGACUACGGCUGCUACGGGGAGGAGAAUGGCCUGCGCUCCCUGCUAGCUGCCUAUGCCCUGACGGUGCUGCCGGAGCCGCCCAAGGAGCCAGCGGCACCCACGGCCCCGCCGCUCCCCAGCCCCAACCGCCAGGCCUCCCCCGACAUGAAGUUCGUCUACAUCGCGGUGAUCGCCAUGCUGGGCGGGCUGUGCCUGGUGCUGAGCGCUGUUCUGCUCCACGUCUCCUGCCUUCAGCGCCGCAAGGGCAGGUACGUGCUGGGCGACCCCAGCGCCCCCUCCGUGGAGCUGCAGACGGUCUCGGCCAACUGCCUGGGCGGGGACCGGGAGGAGGAGGAGCUGAGCCGGGAGGACGGCUGCCUGCAGAUCAUCCCGGGCGAGGCCCCCACGGCGGCGUCCCCGGCCAGGGAGACGCCUCUGGCGCCCCCCCCGCCACCCCCCCCACUCCCGGCCGAGUUUACCAACGGCAUCGCCGCCCUGCCCAACAUGCUGCGCAAGAUGAACGGCAACAGCUACAUGCUGCUGCAGCAGCAGGAGGAGCCCAGCCCCUCGCCCCUCUACAGCACCACCUUCGCCGAGGAGCUGAGCAAGAUCCUGGAGAAGCGGAAACACACGCAGCUGGUGGACAAGCUGGACGAGAGCUCCGUGUAGGGGCCCCCGGACGCCAGUUGGAUUCAAUCCCCUGCCCCCGUUCCCCCCCACCAACCAGUGUUACACAAACCCACGGGAAACUACCUCUGGAACCGAACCGCCGGGCUGGGCCUCGGAGCACCGGGAUCCCUCUUGCUGGGACCGCUUGGGCUCAGAGCCUGUUGUAAAGAGACAUUGAUUGAAAUGGCAAAUCUAUUUAUGUAUAAAAGAUGACAAUCCGGAAACAGAGCCAGAAAUACGGCUGUGUCGGGGUGGGGCGAGAGGAGACGCCUGCCCGGGCACUGGCCUCGGACCAUGGCAUCGAACCGCUCCGGCGAGGUCUCUCCUCAGCCUUGGGAGCGGCAGCUGGGCCGCGGAGAGGUGGGAGCUGGCCCCUGUGCGCUGAGAAGAGUGCCCCCCAUUUCCUGUGCCACAGACACGGGACCCACCGGACCGAGAGACAGAGCCGGGGAACCCGGCGUGGGAGAGAGCUGGGAGGCGGCGGGAUGAGGAGUGGGCAGUGGCUCAGCGCGGGAUGGCAUCUCAGCUCCAGCGCUGGGCACGCGGCCCCAGCAGGAGCCCGUUAGUCUGUGCAGAACGAAGAGUCGUCGCAGUGGUCCAGAAGGGGCUGGCUCUGAUGCAGGGCCCUGAGCUGCAGUGCCUGAGGGAUGCCGGCUUUCAACACAGCCUGACCUGGUGGGGAGAGCUGUGCCUGGCCCCUCCAUCUGCUGGAGAACCUAGCAAUGCCAGGCUGCAGCCAGGUCGCAGGGCAGGGGGUGGGGAGAGAGUCACGGCGGAGUGAGUGUGUACGGGGGUCAUUGCAGCGUGGGGGUGGAGUGGUGCGUGUGGGUGUCACUGCAGCGUAGGGGUGGAGUGGUACGUGUGGGUGUCACUGCAGCGUGGGGGUGGAGUGGUACGUGUGGGUGUCACUGCAGCGUGGGGGUGGAGUGGUGUGUGUGGGGGUCACUGCAGCGUGGGGGUGGAGUGGUGCGUGUGGGGGUCACUGCAGCGUGGUGGGGGUGUGUGCGAGGGUUCACACCCAGCCACAGCUGCACGAGAUCUCCUCAUUACCCAGCUUCUGCCCAGAUGCCCUGAGCUGCAUCUGACCCUGGGUGAUCUCAAUGUGUCCUACCCCCCCAGCUGUCACUCCCCAGCGCUGGUGCCCAACCUGCGAGACCAACCACUGCCGGUGGCAGCUGUCGACAUGGGCAGACCCCGGCUCUCUGCUUGUGGCCUGGCUUCUGCCUUGGUCUGCCCCACGGGCACAUACCCUGCUGUACUGGAACAAACUGAGUUCAUGACGGGGGAGCUGCCUGGUCCGGGGUACAGCUUAAAGCACUCCCUGCCCCCAGCCUGUGCUGGCCCAACCUGGAGCCCUGAGGUUGGCCCGCUCUGGCCUGGGGCUGCCCGGCUCUUCGCCAUGGGGUGCCCUGUGCCCUGCUGCACUGUAGCCUGCCUGCCCUAAGUGUUGUCACGGAUGCACCCACCCCAGCCCCUCGGUUUUCACCCCUUACCUGUGGCAGGGCCCUCACUUUGCCAGGCCCCACCAGCCGUUGGGAACCAAGAUCCCAGGAGCCAGGCUCAGCAACAGAGGACGGGGUGGGUGAGAGGGCAGGGUUAUGUGGACCUCAAGCAAACACCUACCUCCAUCCUCACAUCCAGGGGAGGGCCCCAUCCUGUGCCCUGUCCCAGUUCAGGGCUCGGGUUACACUGAUGUAGCUGGGCGCUGGUGCUGGUCCCAGAUUCCAGCUCCUCUUGGCUUCUGUUGUCUGUCUCCUGGGUCUUUCCUGCCCCGGUGGCACCUUCCUGCCCAUGCGGCCGCAACUCCCCCUGCCUGUGUAAGGCCAGAACGGAGCUGGGCAGGGGAGGGCAUUGUGCCAGACCCUGCUGUGUGUGUGUGUGUAUGUGCGUGUGUGUGUGUGCACUCAGCUCUGUGGGCUAGACGAGCAGACACAUGCCAUGCGACCGUGCCCGCUCACUAGCAUGCCUGAGUGCAGCUCCGGGGGCUUCCCUUCAGCUCCAGCAGCAGGGGCUGUGUUUUGGGGGCACGAGCUCCGGAGUUCUGGCCCCCGCCGUGCACACAUCCUGGGUUUAGUCCAACCACUGACCCCAGGAGCGUGCGGGUGUGCAACACGCGCCAGAGACCGGCCCUCUGCUCGGUUUGUUCUUACGGCGCCUGGGACUGCGCUCGGCUGUCCCGAGAGAGACCAGCUCCCAGCUGAGCUCCACAGCCUCAUCCGUCCCCGCUCGACGCGGCUUCACCCCCGCAGAGCUGCUGUCCGGUGCAAAAUGACUGAUUCAUUAACAAGAGCACUCGGUGCCCGGGCCUCCAGCGUGGCUUGGGAACAGCCGGCGGCAACCGGCGCUUCAAACACAGGGACAGUCGACUCCAGAACAGCCACAGGCAGAUGUCCCCGAGCAUCCUGGCGAGAGCAAGAGAGACGGCGUGGCUAAGGCAACGCGCACACACACCUGGCUCCAGUGGUACCUGGCCAGCUCUCUAGGCAGUGCGAGUUACUGCAUCGUCUCUCAAACAUCACCGCCACUGAGAGAGAGACAAGGCCUGUCACGCCGUCCCCCCGCCCAGCCAGCGUGGUCUGCCCAUGCAGCUGGAAGGGGCCCAAGCCGUGGGGCUGGCGCUGAGUCCCUCGGGGCAACGUUCCCACAGCCUGGCAGAGCCCCGGCCUGCUCUCCUCGGGAGGCUUCGUAGGCUCUCACACCAUGGGAGUUCGCACCAGCUCUCCCUGGCUAAUUGACUUUGGCCUUCGCUCUGUUACCAGGCUGCCCUGGUAUUCGGGGCAGGGUGGGGGGAGAACCACCCGUAAAGCUGCUUCAAAACCCUGCUGUGGCUGGGAGCAGGGGUGUUUGCCCAGCAGACCUGCCUACGUAGCCCCCACUGCUCUCGUUACAAGGUGAUGGGCGGGAUGGGGGUGGGGGAAAUGCUUGUUCUCCCUCCCUGCUGUUGGGAGGUGCAGUGGGGGGGCUUCUGGCAUUGGGACAGCGUGGUGAAAAUGCAGAGCGAGCCGGCUGAUGAUCCGACAGCAGUGGCCCCAGGCGCUGCUGUAACCGUCCGGGGCCGUUGCUGCAGGGUUGGUAAGGCUGCUGCUGUGCCCUGCACCCCAGCAUUGCGGGUCCUCGCCCAUUCCCCAGCCAUGCCAGGGAAAGCCCCCGGUCAGCAUGGCUCAGGGAGCAAAGUGCAGACCCAGGGCGGUGUGUGCGCGCCAAGGGGUGGUAGCCCUGCUCCUGCACAGAUCAUCAGCCAGCCUCGGUGCCUGGUUCCUGGGAUGGGAAGAGGAGGGAGGAAUCGACAUGGCCGGGGCUGAGUCCAUGGCUGAUCCCCUGGGAAGAGACGGGGCUGGAGCCCUGCAAAACGGAAGCACCUCGGCUCCAAGACAGCUUGAGCUAAACCCAAUGUACCAACCCGGCUGCCCAGCAGCCUGGCUCAUCCUCAGUGACAUUCCACCAUGGACAGUCAUAGCGGCAGCGUACAGCACCGUGCACCUGGUGGCCUCUGCCCCUUGCUGCUCAAUAAACCUGGAUCUGUCUGAAUGA